UGGGCGGGCGGGGUGUUGCGGCGGUGCCAAGAUGGCGGGCAGGUAAACACGGCGGGGAGCGCGGCGCUGGGGCUGCGGCGGGGGAAGGUGCGGCCUCUGCGGCAGCGCUGUCGGGCUUGCGAGGGCCGGAGGUGUGAGAGGUGCCGUCUGCCUUCCCCUGCUUUGGCUUGGAGUGGCGUUUCACUUCGCGUCGCUUCUCCCGGAGGGGGCUGCCCUCGCCUCCUCGGCCUACCCCUUUCCGCAGCGGCCUCCUCUCUCCGUUCUCCCCGCCCGGGGCCGGCGGAGCUCGCUCCUACUCGGCCUUGUCUACCGCGUGGGAAGCGGCGAGGGGAGGCGGUUGCGCUGUCCUGGGAAGCGAUCGCGUGGAAGGACAAGACCUGCACCCCGCUGCCCGUGAAGGGAAGCAGGAGGCGUUUGCUGCCGUAUCGCCCUUAGAGCGAACAUCUAUAAACGGCUGCAAAGUGGCAAAGCUUUAAAGAACAAGGAACAACAACAAAAAAAGAGCUAACAGCUUCAACCUGUGUUCUUAAAUCCUUUACUUUUCUGAAAUAUUGUUUACGUUUUCAUCUUGGAAUGGGUGAGAUCACAUAACUGAUGUCUUUCCAGUGACUUGAAGCAGCUUGGAUUUAUUUAAACUGAAAGAUGUGGAGUGGAUUGUUACCUCCAGGACUGAAUGAAAGUGAUGUUGACUUAAGUUCUGAUGAUGGAGAUGAAUCACAUGUUUCCUGUUCGAAGGAAGAUACAAAAGAAGAUAUUGAAUUCAAAGAGAAUGGACCUGAAAGUCGUGCCAUCAGUGAACCUACUGUGAUAUCAACCACAAAUGAUGAAAACGACUCUCAAACGUGCCCUUCUGGAGUUUCUUUGGAUAUAUGGAAUAAAUUUCUGGAGCUUCAGAAGAAAAACCAUGAAAUGAAGGCCCAGGUAAAUCAGGAAAACAGAAGCCGGAAAAGGAAGCGCCGCAGAAAAGAAAAACAGCAAAAGAACGCUGAAGUGACUAAGAGUUGUCAACAGUUGACAAAUGAAGAUACAUGGAAAGAACUUACACAGUAUUUUGGAAUCAAUGAUCGAUUUGAAUCACCUGUGGAAAGGAGGGCUCAACAAAAGUCUAGCCUUGAACUUUGCAUAGAGAAGUAUGUGGCUGAAGGUGACAUUGAUAAAGCUGAGGAGCUCAGUGAUAGAUUAGCCACUCGUGAGAUUUCUGUCAGUGAUUGAAGGAUUUUGCUGCUGAUCUAGUAAUGCUUGGACUGCCGUAGCUGUGUAUAAGAAUUGAAAAUACAACCAUGAAUGAUCCCGAGUAACCUUGCUUUAAAGCCUUUGGCUCCAUGAGUCAGAGGACUAAAUAAUCAUCUAUAUUCAGCUUUUGAUUUUUCUGCAUGUCAGAAGCCAAGAAAACAGCAGUAGGUUCUUCCUUUCCUGUGAGUUCCCUCCCCAAUAAGCCUGGGAGGCCUGAAGAAAGGUAAAGUUUAGAGCAAGACAUAUGCAAAUAAGGACCAGACUUGUGUGUUUGCUUUUUAACCUGUGUAUUCAUGAGAUCAGGAGUUAAUGAUUGGAAGAAUUCUGAAGAAUGGGAGUAAAUGGACGUCAAAUAUUGCCGUAGCCUUAGAAUGUUUAUAAAAUGAAUUGAUUAUUUUCUUGUCAUUUGUAGUAUAUAAAUGAAUAUCUUGAAAAAAAAUGCAGGUGAGAGAAACUCCAUUUUUUCAAGAUGUUAUCUGGUUAGUUGGUGUAUCUGAGUAAUUUUAUGAGGCUGCUCUUUGCUACAAAAAGGGAGUCCUUUACAUUCGUAUGUAGUGCUGAGUAAAUACUUAAACUGGUGAGAAAUCUACCAGAUACCUCUAGUAAUUACAAUUUCAUAUUAGGAGUAGCUAAAUUGGUGCAUGUAUGGUAGGUGGUAGCAGCUGAAGUAUGUAAUUGAAAUCUAUGAAGGCUAUUGUGCCCAUUGCUAUUUGUGCACAGGGGAGAAAAUACAAAGGAAGAAAUUGGGAAUAAAAAUAUAGUUGGAAUAGUUUUGAAGCCAGGUAAGAAAAGAUAAGUAAAGAAGUACUAUCAGAGGUGAGGAGGGAAGCUGUAAUUUCUAGGUAAGCUGAUUUAUAGAACUGAAAUUGUGACUAUUCUAAAUUUAUAUUAGAAAAUAAUUGUAUAACUUUUUUUACUUUCAUUCUUCUGUCUUAACAGAAUUAAAGGGAAUUUUCUGUCCCCUGGUUAUUUUAGUAAAAUUCAGAGGUGUUAGAAAAACAUCAAGACAGACAAAUGCCAAUUACUUCUCAUUCUCAGGAAACAUUUAAAUAUUUGUGUCAGUACAAGGUUUCAAGCUGAGCUUUAAUGUAAAAUUGCAGAUUAAAAUCUGUUCUGUGCAAUGGAAAACAGUAUUGUGAUGUUUUUAAACACAGGUUUUGAAAUGGGAAAUACAUUUAAGAGUCUGUAAGUAAGGUUAGGUAAAAGUAACUGAUCUCCAGUGCAUGUUCUUAUGCAAUCGUGAAACUCCUACCUUUAGUCACACACGACAGUUUCUAAUGGCUAUACUCUUUACCUGCUUUUUCACCACUGAUCACAAUAUUCAAUCCACAAAGGUAACAGCUAUUGACAGUAAUAGGAAUGUGUCCUAAUGUUCCCUUUAAAUAUGACCAGCAUCUCACUGUGGUACUGUUACAUUACCUUUCAUGUGCACAACAUGAGAAACAAGUGCUGUUCUCCUUCACAAAUGUCAUUAUCCCAUCUCCUCUGAAGUGGUUAGAGUAUCAUAAUCAAUAAAACAUACUGAGGUUCUAGUGCAAAUUGUUUGACUAUAAAAACAAAUUAAUGUAAGAAGUUUUGAGGUUUUGUAAUAUUUAUGAUAAACUGUUAUCUGAUUUUGGUAGCCAUGGGAUUGUACAACAUCUAACAUAUCCCAGGUGCUACAGCAGUGUAUUAUUAUUUGUGGAACAUUAGCUCCAAAUUGUUGACUUUCAAAUAUUAGCAUGUUGUAAUACUGAAAACAAAAUGCUUGAAACACUAUUAGUAUUCACAGCCUUGACUUGGUUUUGGUUAAGUGGGUUUAUCUGAAUAAAUAGUAUGUUGAAAGAAGGAAAACUCAAAUGACUCUGGCUUGAUCUCCUGAGGACUUCUGUCGAGGCAGAAUCCAUGUGAAUUCACUGGGGUUCUCUACUGUUGUGAGGAUGUGCUGCAUAACCUGCUGCAAGAAUCAUUUUUCUUUGUGACUUCAGGAAGCUGUAUUUUGUUUUUAAGGGAUCUUCAAAAUUACUUUUUAAUCUAAGGAAAUCAUUCUAGCAGUGACUAAUUCUGAUGGAGUGGAGAAAUUGAAAACAUUUUUAUUGUGGAAGAGGUUGAUUCAAAAGUCCUUGUAUACACAUACCAUUAAUAAAAUAUUACUUACAUAUUGUUAUGGUAUUACUUCAAUUGCCACUUUCCUUCUCUUUGCAGUUUAAGGAAAUGACCCUUUUAAAAGCCAUUUUACAUAAUAAACUCACUUCCAAGUAGUAUUUUUUUUUAAGUAUGUGGCUGUUUGCAUUUGGAAGUUGGAGAAAUACAACACAACACUCUAGGGAAGUCAGGCAUGGAACUAUACUCUGACUGUAUUGAUGUAUACCACAUCUGAAGUCUAGAGAAAUCAGUGGAUAAAUUAUUGUUCUUUUAUCUGAGCUUCAUCUUUUUAUGUAUAGUUUUCAUUUCUCUUGAGCAGUGUUGCAGGGUUAGGGGCAAGGAGCGUGUGAGAAACAGCUGCCUCCUGUUUGGGGUACAGCCCCCACCUUGCAGCCAUGUGAAAAAUGUUCAGUGGGUAGGUGUUCUUUUUGAAAUCAGGUGUAUGGGAUUUUAAUCGGCACCAUUUUCUUUUGCAAGAAGCAGUGACUGGAACCUGCUGAUAAAGCUCUUGCUUUGAGGCACAGAUCCCAGAGUUCUUAAAGCCGUUUCCUGCCUUAAUAAGUGAAACUAAUUUUUGAUGUAUAACAUUUAUAAGCCUGUGAAACUGAUAGGGCAGCUUCAGUAUUUAGAAAAAUGAAGCCAAAAAUAAACAGAUGAUGAGAACGGGCAGUAAAAACACGGUCUGAAAAGCAAAGGAAUGCCAAAAUGAUGCUGUCAGUGUGCUAUCAUUAUGACACACUGAGAAAAGGUUUUUAAAAAUCAAGUUCCUUGAAAAUCACCGAUGACUUAGGCAAUCUGCAUGAUCUAACAGCUGUGAGUGGAUCACUGAAAUUUACAUCCUAAAAGGCUGAAUGAUACUGCUUCAAGGUUUUGGGUCUUCUGGUUUCCAUGUGGUACUUGUUGCAGGUUCUUUAAGGAAAAUGUUGUACUGCUGUAAAUGAGGAUUUGAUUAGUUAUGAUUUGACUAAUAAGCACAAAUGCUGGUUUUAAACCAAAACUUCUUAAUCUAGCAGCAUUAGAGGUUUUGGACCAAGUGAAGUUAGAACUUAGAUACCUUCUGCAUGAGACACUGUAUUCAGUAGUGACUGCAUAUGUGAAUUCAUAUGUAGCUUUUGAGACUAGCUAAGAAUGUGGUACUUUUUUUUUAUUGACAGUUCAUUUCUAGUAAAAAACAAAACCAAAUAGAACCUAAAAUGAAUUAUCUAUCAUAAACAAUAAUAUUUCAUCGUGGCAGACCUCACUCCAAGGUAUUACCACUGGUCUUCUGUUGUCACCUUGGUUUGUAGACAAGAAAAGUGAUUGCAAUUAGUUUGAGAGUUCCCAGCAUAGCAGAUCCCUUGUCUUGUAGCAUCUUUUGCAGCUUAUUAUCUUGUGGGAUGUUCUGCUUCACAAUAAGUUCUAGUGAUCCUGAUAUUCUUGACUGCAUUAUGUUUAUGUAUGAGUGAAAUUCUUCCUGAAAGAAUACAAGCUUUUCAGCAUCAUGUUGUCCAGAAUAAUUUAGACCAUGAGUAACUGCUUCUUCAGCUGGACUGCUCCUAGAACCUAGUCUAGCUUGAGCAUAUCAGUGCUGCCAUGCAGUUACAAUAGCUAAGAUUAGCACUCCCUUGAUAAAUCUGUGUUGAGCAUUGACAUAAUACAAGUGGGUCAUAUGCUUAAUCUUCAUUCAGUGUUGAUUUUUAAAUUGAAUGAGUUAUUUAAUACCCACAACAUAGUACUAUUAGUAUUAAAUAGCAAUUCAUAGCAAUAAUAAACACAGUUAAGGUGUAUUAUUGCAGGGCUUUUAGCAUUGGCAGAAUGUCCUUUGUGUUGUGAAGUUCUGCUUUUCAACUAUAGAAGAGCACACCUAAAGCUAUUGUUUGUACACUGCAUUUGACUUGUUGAAUGUAAGAGAUAACAAUAGAAACGUUAAUAUAGAAGGUGCCAAAAAAAAUCUGAAUCUUUUAGAAUGAAAUUUGUUGAGAAAAUGUUUAUAUGGGCACUGAGCUGCAUAAAGUUGUUCUCUUGGUGAUGCUCUCAGGUAGGAUAGUUGGGAUUUGAUGGUGGCAGGUGCUUGGCUAUCUAGCUGGGAACAGACACUUGGAAUUGUGUCAGUUUUUCUAACUUGUUAAAAACCUUUUUUUGGAAUAAUAUCUUGGAAUGUACUUUAACUGUUCCCACUGUGUUUGUGGGAAUCUGCCUAGAUUUUCUUUUUUCAAGAAGAACUGUUGAUAAAAUAGAACAUUGUGACUCGGCAUAGCUGUAGGUGUUUAUCUUUCUUGGGGAAUGAUAGUAUGUGGAGAUACCUAGUAAUUUCAGUUUGCUGUAGAUCAGUUUUGAUUUGGAAUGAUACAAGUUCUUUUCCUAAUUAACCCAAUUAAUUUUAAAAGAUUCCCCCCACACACACCCCUAAUACAUAAACCUGUAAGGAUUUUCCCAACUCUUUUUUCCCCUUAGAGAAAGAAUUUUUCAUCAUGCUUUUGUACUAAAAUCGUUUUGUAGUGUCAGAAGCAGCAGAAUGCAGAUUUCUUAUGGCCCUAAUAUUCUGAGGACUAAUCUGGCUAAACAUUUGCUUGUGUUAACUUCCUGGUAGGUAGGUGCCACGUUGUCUAAGAGUGCACUAGCCCGAGGUCUGUAACCUGAACACAAUAAGAUAAUCUUGACCACAUUAGAUUUAGCUGUCAAAAGAAACAUUUAAAAUGUUUUGUAAUUUAAUGUGCUAAAUUACUGGAGCCGUUGUCAGUCCCGAAAUAGCACAGACUUUUUGACAGCACUGUUCCAAAGUGCUUAGCUUAGUGGCUUCUGGCAUUUUAGUGAAAGUUUUUUGUUUUUUUUUUUCCUUAAAGCUGCAAUAUAUAGGGAACCUGGUGUUGUAAUCAAGCUUACAUGAAAGAUCCUCAUAGUAAUUGAUGACAUUAAUUGGACCUUCACUGGGAUAUCAUUCUCAUGUUACAGCAAGAUUGAUCCUGCUGCUGUAUUGCAUCAGAUUUGCCCAUUUUCCACAUGAUCCAAUCAGUAUCUGUUGUCUGUAAGUAGCUUCUAGUCAUAUAAUUUAGAAUGGGAAGUCCAGGAGCAAGGCUGUAUGUCUCAACCAGGGAGAGCCAUUCUGGAAGCUGUUUUCCAUUUGAAAAUCCAGAUAGGAUAUGAUUGAUCGUGAGGUCAUACACACAUUACUGUUUCAGAUGGACAGGUAGUGUUGGAUAAUCUUCUGUUGGUAAAAUGAAAUCUCAAAGUUAUCUACAACAUUCACAGUUUAUUGUAGUGCUUUUUGGUUCCUGAAGAAAUCGAUGCAGUUGUAUAUGGAACGUAACCAAGCACCAAUUAACUUGGGAGUCUUGCCUGAUGAAGGACCCAGGGAUAGAAAAAAAAGGGAGUUUUUUUUUUUCUCUGGAGGAUUUUCAUUCUAACACUUAGCAGAGGUGCUUCCAAAUAUCUCUCUUCAUUGAGGUUGUUUUCUUUUAACCUUUGGAACAUGGCAGGGUUAUCACCUAGAAUUACAUUCUUAUGCUCCCUUAAUUAUGUAUAUCUUUUCCUUAACAAACCUUAAAAAAAGAUUUCAGAUGUUACAAGUCUAAUUAAAGAGACAGACAAAGCACAGUUUAUACUGUAGAUUUUUUCUGCAGUUCAAUUAAUCAGCAUGUUUUCUCUUUUAAUUAAAACCAUUUUAGUAAAUUAAAGCCCACAGCAAAACACAUAUAUAAUUUGUUUGUAAUUAGCUCUUAAUUGGUGGUAGUUGAAGCUUAGCACCCUUGGUUUCUUUCUUCAUGAUUGCCAUUUUAUUAGCAGCCAGUCAUUAAUUAAUCUUUUU